CUGGAGUAUUCCACAGUACGACUGAGGACAGACACGAAUCGAAGGGGAAGACCGUGGGAACCAGCUUCGAUACAGUCCCCCCAAUUCUUUGACGAAUAGCAGGGAGGACGAUGAUUGAAGAUGGCGUUCAUAUCAGAGCGACUGGAGGCUCAGCUUCACGCACUCGACGGACUCUUCCACUUGGCCGCCGACCACGAUGAUCUAAGCGACGCAUUCCGCACUUUGUUCGGGUCAGCCGGCGCGGAAGUGGCGGCGAGCGUCGAGUAUGCAGUGGACACCACCAGAGGAGUGGAGGAGACACAGGAGGCAUGGCCUGAACCCAUCCGACUGCUGGCAUGCGUUGCUUUCGCCACCGCCGAUUCCCACAGUUGGACGACACGCAGACGCUGGCGACCAGGGGAAGACGGUCUGCCAACGUUACAGCAAAUCGAACUUGUCUUUCAAGUGCACAAGGGUGUCUAUGGAGUUACAGAGACAUUCAGGAGGAAAGUCAGGACUGACGGGUGAGUCUGCUGUCCUUCCCCAGGGACAUUAUCCGCUCGCAGAGUUGGCGUUCCUCUCCAAGAUAGCGGCGGUACUGCAGGCGACGUUGUUGCAGCGUCUGCUGGUGUCAUCCACGAGAUGGCCGCCAGACAUUGCGUACUGGCGAGAUCAGCAAAUGUCCACCAGCAAAACCAUCUACUACGUUCUGUCGAUGCUUCCUCAACAGAUCUCUCGCUACUUUGCAAAUCCUGUAUGAAUACACUCGCGCAACCACCCAUUCGUCAAUCCGUCCCCAGUUCCUUUUGUUCUCCGAUCGUCUGAAUGCAGAGCUUUGUCGAAACUUUUUCGAAAGGGCCGCCCUUCUUCCAACGACGCUCACGACAACGGCUUUCUUGGGACCUU